AACAGCACGGUGUCGGCACGUGGAAGUAUUUUUUAGCCCCUUUUCUGCGCACGCGGCAGCCACACUAAUUUGGCUCUGCUUUUCGUUUCCACUUCCGUUUUCUUUUCUUUUCGUGUUUCUACGCCAGCAAGAUGAAAAUUGGCUUGUGUGCAUUCAGCGGGUACAAAAUCUACCCCGGCCAUGGCAAGACCAUGGUUAAGGUCGAUGGCAAGUCCUUCACCUUCCUGGACAAGAAGUGCGAGCGCUCCUACCUGAUGAAGCGCAAUCCACGCAAGGUUACGUGGACCGUGCUGUACCGCCGCAAGCACCGCAAGGGAAUCGAGGAGGAGGCCUCCAAGAAGCGCACCCGCCGCACCCAGAAGUUCCAGCGCGCCAUCGUCGGCGCCUCGCUGGCCGAGAUCAUGGCCAAGCGCAACAUGAAGCCGGAAGUGCGCAAGGCGCAGCGCGACCAGGCCAUCAAGGUGGCCAAGGAGCAGAAGCGUGCCGUCAAGGCCGCCAAGAAGGCUGCUGCCCCCGCUCCCGCCAAGAAGUCGGCGCCCAAGGCCAAGGCCGCCAAGGUCACGCAGAAGGCUGCUCCCCGCGUCGGAGGCAAGCGGUAAACACCGGUAAACCCAACCAACCAUCUCCUCCUCGACGGUAGUGAUGUGCUAAAGUUAAUCCAGGAUUUAAGGAACCACAAGUGAAUUGAAAAUUAAACAAAAAGCCGCGAAUGCGAAUUCGCGGUGAUCAAAAAAAAAAAGCUAUCGCGUGUUCUUGUUUUCUUAUAAAGUGGAAUUAAUUAAAAAAAGAAAAAUGCA